AUGGUUUGUUUGCGGGAAGGAGCUUUGUUUGUUGCGCUGCGCCUAGGGUUUGGAUCGUUGCGGCUGCCUGUGCUUGCAUCCGCCCCGCCCGGAUCUCCUCUUGCAUGCUCGGCAGCAGUCCGGGUGUAAUCGCGGGCUGGAGGUCUGUGGGAAGAAUCGAGAGAGAGAGAGGGAAAUUUCUCUCGGUUUUGGCGGUGAAAUGCAGCAGGAGUCGCCCCGAUUGUGAGGCGCACGAGUCAUGAAUCUCACCGCGGAGGAACCGGAGGCCCAUGGCAGCAGCAAGAUGGAGGGCGGCAGCUAUUUCGGAGGGGGGGGCUCGCUCGAGGUCAAGGUUCUCUAUGUGCGAGUGAGCUACUGCCCGCUGGAUGGGAAUCCCGACUCCCUGGUGGUGCGCUUCCCCUCGCGGACGAUCGACAAGUACCUGGAGGUGAAUGGAGCCCGGAUUCCUCCCUCCGAGGAGAUUUCUCUGGCUCUCCGGAGGGACAGGAUGGACACCGAGUCCGUGGAGGUGACUUACGUCGGCACGGACCACUUGCAUGUUGUGGGGUCUGUUGGUUUUGAGGUUGUCGAUAAGGAGGAAGUUCUUCUCAGUGGCGUGCUCCAGAAGGUGGAGAAGAAGUCCUCGUCCACCAACAAGGCCGGAAGCGUUGUAUGGAAUAUGGAGUGCAACUGUGCUUUGGGAUCAGCUGGAUGUGUUUUCACUCGUGGCCGCCACGAGUACUUCCUCACACCACCGACAAUGGAGAUCUGCGUUGUGGGCUCCCACUCUGGAUCGCCGAUAAUCUUGACUCGGACUGUUCAUCUCAUGGCCCGGCGGAGAGUGACCCGGUGUGGAAUGCUUGAUGCCAUUCCAGAGGACGAGGAGUGUCAUCGCUCACAGAACAGAGCUGCUACGGACUCUGAGGUUGAUGCGAGUGACACGAUUCAAGCAAGUAAUGAGAACCAAGAACUUGGGCUGAGCAAGUUCUUCCUGCCCGAGGCAACCGGGUAUGGGGAGAACGAGGACGGGGAGAUGUCCUGGUUUAACGCGGGUGUCAGGGUAGGCGUUGGUAUCGGCCUGGGGAUGUGCCUGGGCGUUGGCAUAGGUGUUGGCCUCAUGGUGCGGACGUACCAGGCCACAACCAGGAGUUUCAGGAGAAGGCUGUUUUGAGGGACUUCCAUCUUUUGAAAGAGCUGGCAGGAGAAGGAAAAAAAAAGAGUGUGUUGGAUAACGGUUCGGGUUCCCAGGUGUGUUCCAAAGUUUUAGCAGCUAUAUAGUUGUGGUGGUGCUACAGUCUCCUCCACAAUUGCGGAUCAGAGUCUAGUCCUUGUGCUCUGUAAAAUUCCAAAUUUUCUUCUUCUA